GGGAGACUGGUAGUCAUCAUGGCGGACCAAAACAAGACAGACACCGAGGGGACGUUCUUCAGUGAAAUAUUAAGUCCGUCUGAGCUUUUUGCAGCCCGGUCCAGGAGUCACAAGAUCCCAGUCAGAGGACAGAAGGACUUCUUCCCCAAUGACUCAGACGAGCAAAGACAGCGGCUUGAGCAGAGCCUGAAUGAACACUGGAGCCUCAUAUCAGAGGAGAGAGUGGAGAGGCUAGGAAACCUAGUGAGGGCCACAUGGAUUCCAAGUGACCAGACUGUGGAGCUUCAGUCUCCAGCUGGAAAGUUUUGGCAGACGAUGGGCUUUUCUGCCGAUGGCAAACAGUAUCUCCUCCCUGAAGAGGCUCUCUACCUGAUGGAAUGUGGAAACCUGCAGGUGUUUUAUAAGGACUUGCCGCUGUCCAUUCAGGACGGUUAUGAGAGAUUUCUGUCCUCGAACACAGUGAGGCUCCAGCAAUAUCAGGUAUUCGGGCAUUUGAAGAGGCUUGGCUACGUGGUGCACAGGUUUGAUCCCAGUUCAGAGCCGUCGCCAUACGUGAGGCAGCUGAACCUGCCUCAGUCACGUGAUAGAGCAGGGAGACAACUGAAGAGGAAGCGCAGCGCCAGCCCCACCCCAACAUGCAGUCAUUCAGAAGCACAAGAAGAGUCCACCACUGAGAGAAUGGAGGAGGAUAAAGGCAACCAUGAUGGUGAGGAGAACAAAAAGCCUCCUGAGUCACACUUGACAACCUCUCCAGAGACUGCACAGGUCCAGACUGCCACCACAAGUACAACAGAUGAAGGUGGCGGCAGGACCUGGUGGACGACAGAUGUUCUCAGGGACUUGGGUAAAGGGUCAGAUCAUAGCCCAACCUCUGGUUCCUCCCGCUGGGACUUCAGCUCCAUCUCCUUCCCUGACCUGGGCUCCAGGGGGCAGCUCUCCAGCCGCCUGGCCUCUCCAGACCCCUCGCUGCUUCCCGGGGCUUUGGCUGUGGGAGUCUGUGACGUUGCGUCCUGGAGGCAGAGAAUAAACCUGCGGGAGGUGAGGCUGUCCUCAAAGGAGCAGAGGAGGGAAGAAGACAAGCGUAGGCGUCGGUGGGACGUCAACAAAGACAAAGAGGUUCAGCGGUGCAGAAACUGGGCAGAGUAUCAGGAGCUCCUGGCGAGGCGGCAGGGGAGACGUAAAGGUCGACCAGCACACCUGUGGAACAGAGAAGUCACUCCAUUACAUGACCCAAGACAACUGAUCCCCACUGGGGAACUGUUGGAUAAAAUCAGUGUGAUCAAAUCUACAAAUUUGCUCGAGGGAGCGUCCAGGUUAAAAGGAUCGGAUGAGUGGAAGAUUUGCUUCAAUGUUUACCAACCUGAUUCGGUGGCUGACUUCAAAAAGAGUAACCCCGGGAAACCUUACUCCCGCAUGUGUGUGUGCAGUUUCAAUGAUCCCGUGCCUGACCUUCGAGCUAUCAAGCUGCUGGCCUCCCAGAGCGGAGACGUCCCAGUGGUCAUUGCUGUGGUGGACCAUGGAGACAUCUCCUUCUACACCUUCAAAGACUUCCAGCUGCCAAAAGAUGUGUACCCCUGAGACCUCACUGCUCUCUAAUGUAAAACAUUCACCUACAUGUAUCCAGGACUUUUCAAUAAAUCUGCAUCUAUUGAGACGAUAUGUAAAAAUGCAAAUUUCUUUUGCGUGUCUGAUUUAGUGUGUGUGGUUUUAGUGCCAAAGCUUUGGUCCCCAGGUCGGAUCUUUGGCAUGGGUAGGGGUGUGCAUUGCCGUCUGCAAAUAUGUUGGGUUUUUUUUGCUGCCACUUGGCGAUGCCAAAAGUUGGAAAUUUGCAAAUUGCAUAAUGGAACAGUGACGAAAAUAACAGUGUUUGCUUUGUUUACACUUUUGACACAGAGUCGAUAGAGAAAAGUUUUUUUUCUUUAUCUUCGGGCCCAACAGACUGCUCUACCUUCCACUUUAAAAUAUGAAGGAACUUCUUCAAAUUUGGCACAAAUGUCCACUUCGACUCAAGGACGAACUCAUUAGACUUUGGUGGUU